AUCUCUGGCCUGUAAGAGGGAGGUAGGGAGGAGCCGGGGGGGAGGGGGAGGCCUGCGAGUUUCUAACCUUGUUCUUAUAAACAAACCCACAUGUGCAGCUGCCGCUGCUGCAACUCACCCCACAAUCCCGGAUAUAAGUCCUGCCCCUUUAAGAAGAAAAAAAAGGCUUCCCCCUCCUGCCUCCCACCCCACCCAUCCACAAGGACCUUUGUUUCUCCACCCCCUUUGUCAGUCGGCCCCGCCCCUCCGAUGUAGAGGAGCCAAUGGGCUAAGAGAAUAAGGCCGGUCCUCUGACGUCAUCGUAUCUGGCCAAUCAAAGGACGCGUUGGUGGGACGCCUCACGGAGGGCGCGCCCAGAGGAAGGAAGGCAGGAGAAAGGAAGCUUGCAGUCAAGAUGGAGACAGCUAAUUGCUCCGCUGCCGUCGUAGGGAACGGGGACGUGGUGUCCCAGCGGGAGCGGAGCCUGCUGCCUGAGCGGCUUCAGAGGCGAGACCAAGAGAGGCAACUGGAGGCGGAAAGGCGGAAGCAAAAGCGGCAGGACCAGGAGGUGGUGGAGGAGAAGAGCGACUUUUUCACGGCCGCCUUCGCCCGGGAGCGAGCCGCGGUGGAAGAGCUCCUGCAGGGCGGGGAGUCGGUCGAGCGGCUGGAGGAGGCGGCCGCUCGGCUCCAGGGGCUCCAGAAACUCCUCAACGACUCGGUUUUGUUCCUGGCCGCCUACGAAGUGCGGCAGGCACAGGAGGCGCUGGCGCAGCUGCAGGCGGCCCUGGCCGACCGGCGCCAGCAGCUGCAGCCCAAGAAGCGAUUCGCUUUCAAGACCCGGAGGAAGGAGGCUGUCUUGGCCCCCCAAGUAGUAGAUGCGGCUCCCGGCGCCGCGGUGGCGGAAGGCACCCUGGCCUCCCCGCCCUCCGUGACCGAGGAGGGAGCCGUGGGCUCUAGCUGGCUCUGCGGCUUCUCCAACCUCAAGUCCCAAGUCUUGGAGAAGAGAGCGGAGGAGUUGCACCAGCGAGACGUCCUUUUGACCGAACUGAGCGAUUGCACGAUCAGACUGUACGGCAAUCCCAACACCCUGCGGCUGAGCAAGGCCCGCCGCUGCACGUUGCUCUGCGGGCCGGUGUCCACGUCGGUGUUUCUGGAUGACUGCAGUGAGUGCGUGCUGGCCGUGGCCUGCCAGCAGCUCCGGGUACACACCACGAGGGACACCCGCAUCUUCCUGCAGGUGACCUGCAGGGCCAUCGUGGAGGACUGCCACGGCAUCCGGUUCGCCCCUUACACCUGGACCUACCCGGGGAUCGACCGAGACUUCGAGAGCUCUGGCUUAGAUCGGAGCAAAAAUAACUGGAGCGACGUUGACGAUUUCAACUGGUUGGCGCGGGAUAUGGCCUCCCCCAACUGGAGCGUUCUUCCCGAAGAAGAGCGAACGAUCCUGGGGGACUAAGAACUUGUUACUCUUUUCUUCACUGACACCAAAUUCUCCCCGUGUGGGACUGACUCCCAACCCACGGGACCCCAAGGUUUACUUAUCAUUGUCACAGAGUGUAUGGUUUCAGUAAUUAAGACUUAAAAUUGUGAUAGGCGAUUUGUGAUUUCCAUUAAAUUCGCGACAGGUAUAACACUUUUAUUUUUGCUACUUGGAUAAUUAUUGCUAGUAUUUGCCUGUGACAGUUUGAAGCCAUAGCGGGGAAAGAGUGUGGUUCUCUGUUUUGUUUUUAUUGGUGGUAUUUAAAACUUACUGCAUGACAAAGCAGGCCUUCAAUAAAUAUUUAAUAAAUGAA